AAUCGGUUCCUGUCUCCUGGUGCCAGACCAGUCGGGCUUGUUCCCACCCCCUUCUUUCAGGAAUGCGAAGGGGACUUCCUGGUACCUCGCUAUCUGUGGAAGUCACUGCCGUCACCAGCUCAUGUCCACCUGGCUGACGAUCACCUACCACCACUUUUGCUGCGCAGAAAUAUCUCCACUUUGUUUUUUUGCACUUCAGAAGCUAUUAGGGCGGUUUCACCAGACAGCCUGAAGAGGACCAUGCUCUACACGGAGCUGCUGCAGUUGUGGGACCAGGCCGUGCAAGCCGUGGAUGGACGGGACUGGCAGGGCGCUCUUACCAAGCUGCAGGAGAUCACAGAGCCCACGUCCCGCACGCUCUUUGUGACUGCAGCCGCGCAUCUGGCCCUGGGCCAACUGGAACCUGCCAUCAGGUCAUGUGUCAUCGCUCCCCCAACCAGACCCUGGAUCAAGUCAUCGCCAAGGACGAGCGCCUGGCAGUCGGCUUCUUCCAGAGAGCCGGAGUCCAUAUGCUGGCCGGCCGGUUGGAGGAAGCUCUGGGUGACUGUAUCUGGGCUCAGAAGCAUAUGAGGGAGAAUUCUGUCAUUGACUACAGACAGCUUGGCCUUCGCUACAAGCUAUACAGCUGGCAGGUGCUGUACAAUGCAGCGGCAGUGUACAGUCGAAUGGGAUUGUGGGAAAAGGGGAGGAACAUCCUGGCCACAGCAUCCCAGGAAAAGGGAGGAGCACGUGGAGGGAUUGUGGAGAUGGCGCUGGACAGCCUCUCGAGAAAAGACAUUUUAUCCCCUCUUCUGGUGCCAGAGGGAGAGGUGUUUCGUCCCAGGAAGCAGGAUGUAGAACAGCUGCAGCUGAGAGACUUUUUAGGCAAAGCCAAGGUCAUUUCCUCUGUGAUCCCCAACGAUGACUUUGGUGGCUUUGAGCCUCUCAGGAUGCAGCAACCUGGAUUCUAUGAGCCGCAGGCAGACGGAGCCCAGUGUGACAGGGAAUCCCGCUACAUGCGCCUUCGCAGUGCUCACACAGCCCAGGGCCCCCAGCAGCUGACCGUAGGCGAAGGGGAGGUGGUCUUUGUCUUCAGCAAUGACCGUGCAGAUGGACUCGCCACCGUCAUUUACGACGGCCAGAAAGGCCUGCUCCCCUUCUCACUGCUGGAUCCUUUGGACGUCUACAAAAUCAAAGACCAAAAGAAAGGAAAGAUCCCCAACGGGAUUCCACUGCCACCAGGCCUCAAGCCCCCAGCUCGGCCACUGCCGCAGCCCAGCCCUGCGUCGGCACAGUCGGUGACUCUACCUGCUGCGUCGGAUCCUUCCUGCACCAGCUCCACCUUCUCUUUUGUGACCCCACCUGAAUACCCCAGUGCUGCUGGCAGCGGAGCUGAGCUGCAGCCCAGCCCAGCCCCGGAGGGAGAAGGUGGCUCAGUGAUAGUGAAGGUACACUACACGUGUACGGUGGCUCUGAGUGUCCCAGUGGAGACACCGUACGGUGAGCUACGGGAGCGGAUUGCACACAAGCUUGGGCGGCCGCCCGAAAGGCUCUGCCUCAGAUACAAGCAGCAGGGCUCCCCAGCUUUAAAAGCCCUGGAAGAGCAGGGUGGGCUUUGCCCCCUUCUGGAAGGGUCCGAGACCGGCAGAGUUACGCUGUGGUGCCAGAGUGAAGACCCGCUCUCCAACAGGAAUAUUCUGUAUCAGGUGGUGGCUCUGUAUGACUAUACUGCCCAAGGACCCGAGGAUCUGGAGUUCAGUGAGGGGGACACCAUAGAUAUUCUGAGUGAAGUCAAUGACGAGUGGCUGGAGGGCCACACGGCUGGAAACAUCGGCAUCUUCCCGAGAUGUUUCGUCUACCAGGACACCCUCAAAUCUGAUGACAGUGCUUGAAGAUGGGGGGUGGGGGGGGUGCUCUGUGAUGUCCAUGAAGCUGCACUGCACCUGGGUGAUAGUGUCGAUGGUCAGAGAUAGGUCUCAUUCACAUACAUUUAUAUAUAUUUGUACCAUUACUCAUUGUAAUCCUCUAGGUCAGGGUUGGCAGUCUUGCUGUAGAAUACCUUCAGAUUUUUUCCACGUACCAGCUUUCAGUUAGAAAACUGCACAGUUCAUCUUUACUAUGUAAAAAUUUAUACCAUUUCUGCAUUAAAGCUUAAAACGGUGUCCUUGUUUUAAAUGUUUAUUUUUUUUCAAUUCUGCUUUCUGUUUAUAAAUGCACAUCAAUACUUGCAGGCACUGCAGUGCAGGACAGGUAGGGGGCUCCAGAGUCCAGAUUAGAAGGCUUCUAGCUUUCAGUGCAAUUCCCUUUAAUGUUUAAUUGGGGCCAUGACAUGUUAGCUAAGAUUUCCGAAGCUCUGCAUUAGGUCCUCUCAGUUCUUACAAUAUUCAGCUGUCGCAUAGCAUCCUUGGUGUAAAAUGCAAUAUACAGGAGGAUAUGAGUCAGAAAUGUGAUCUAUUUGGGCUUUUUGGACACAACCAGGAAAAACACCUGAGAGAGCCAGGAAUAGGGUGUGGGUUUGUCUACAGCUGUGGAUCCAUGUGUGUUUACACAACAGAUGGCACAGUUAAGGACAUGCAUCUGAAGGUUGCUGGUUCGAGUCCCAGAAUGGCUCGUGUUGUUUUGCCCUUGGGCGAGAGGACUUGAACAAGCUGCAGUAAAAUGUCCAUCUGUUUAAAUGUGUGAGGAUUGUAAAUUGCUUUGAAUAAAACCGUGGGGGAAAGUACAGUA